CAUGACCGCGGCAGUCGAUUUAAUUCCGUUUGAAGAAUUCAAACUAGGAAAGAUUAUAGGUUCAGGGUCAUUUAGCAGUGUAUUUAAAGCAGACUGGAAGAAUCUUGUGAUCGCAGUGAAGAGAAUACGACUAGGCUAUGAAGACAACAAAAUUGACAGGGAGAUAAUUCAGCUCUCAAGGGUCAGCCAUGAAAACUUAAUACAAUUCUAUGGUGUUUCAAAACACGAUGACAGGUUUUUCUUGCUGAUGGAGUACGUAGAUGGUGGAUCUCUGCACAACUUUUUGUAUGCGGACUCCCAGCCAAGUUAUUCUCUUGCCCACGCCUUUAACUGGAGCCUCCAGAUCGCUCAGGGGUUAGCUUAUCUCCACGCCAUGAAACCAAAAGCAGUCAUUCAUCGCGAUAUCAAGCCCCACAAUGCAUUGCUAGGUCAAAGGGGCCUUAGUCUGAAGAUAUGCGAUUUUGGCACAGUUAUAGAUCAGACCUUAUCGAUGUCGGAAGCAGGUACCAGCAGAUACUUAGCGCCCGAGGUCUUGAAUGGCGACCGCUAUAAUGAAAAGUGUGAUGUGUACAGCUGGGCAUUCACUUUUUGGGAAAUAUUAUCCCGCAAGAUGCCUUUAGACGAAAUUGAUGGCACCAAUACCUGGAAUUUAAAAAUGGCUAUUACUGGAGGAGAAAGACCUUCGUUAAAUGAUGUUAUGGCAGGUUGCCCUGAGGAUUUCGUUAGUAUAAUAGCUGCUUGUUGGAACAUGGAUCCAAAAUUGAGACUCUCCAUGGAACUGGUGGCUUAUAUCAUGAAUAAAUUUGUCAUUGAAGCAGGACCAAUUCAGCCACUUUUAUAAGAUUUUUACAAGAUUAAAAAACAGAUAUUUAUGUGAACG